ACUCUUUGUAUGCCGAUACACGAGAAUGUCAAACCUGGAUAAUGGGUCCAUCCACUCGUAAAGUUUACUGCACACUAUAUAAACAUGAUGAUGCAUAAUUGCCGUGUUAACUUGUAUCUACCGUUUAGUGACAAAUGGAUUUUGGAUAUUCCUGGGUUGUAUUGUCAGCAUGUUGCUGCAUACAUAUGUUGGCGUUUGGUCUGUUGAAGUCCUACGGAAUGCUGUUGGUGAAAUUAUUAACAGUUUAUAAUGGUGGAGCUGGGUUCACUUCUACGGUGGGAUCGGUGGCGUCAUUAGUGUUGAGUUUCACAGGAGUGUUCGGGUGUGCCUUGGGUGAGAGGACAACAUUUCGAAAGGUCCUGUUUUUCGGUGGAAUCAUGCAGUCCAUGGGAAUUUUCCUCAGUGUGUUUGUUAAUAGACUAAACAUCAUGUUUGUUACCUACACGCUCAUCACAGGAAUUGGCUUUGGACUCCUGAUUUCUCCUGCCGCUACCGUUAUGAAUUUUUACUUUGAAAAGCAUCGUGCUAUAGCCAGUGGAUUCCUCUGUUCCGCUAGUGGUGUGGGAUUAUUUCUGUUUCAAAACUUGUAUAAAAAUCUUUUUGAUGAAUAUGGGCUAAAAGGUUGCCUACUGCUCAUCAGUGGGAUUGUAUUAAAUAACUGUGUUGCUGCUUUAUUGAUACGACAACCCGAACUGCUUAAAGAAAAGGACACUCAUCUUGAUCCAGCCUCAUAUCAAAGGUCUCCGCAUAGUGUUUGUCUCGACUUUGUACAGAAACUCUUAAAGAAUUGUCUGUCGCUAUAUCGAAACCUCUCCUUUAUCCUAGAGUGCUCUUCUUUUACAUGGGCGCAGAUUGGGUAUGUUGCCCAUUUUUUCUUAUUCCCCCCAUUUAUCAAAAGCAGGGGUUUUCAGGAGAGCUCCAUCGUUAUUGCUAUGACAAUUUUUGCUGUAGCAGAAAUAAUUUGUAGAAUAUUAUGGGGUGCAUUAACAGAUCGUGUGUCUCCCGCUGUAGUGUAUUGUGUUACUGUCUUUGUUGGAGGUUUCGCCGCGAUCAUUGUCAGUUUUACAAAUCAUUUAUGGAUACUGUAUGGAUAUGCAGCCGUUGUUGGUGGUUUCCCAGGAGCGGUUUUUGUUUUCAUGCCACCCAUUCUUGUAAGGAGCUGUGGACUGAGGAAUUUGGGAUCAGCGCUCAGUCUGUCCUAUCUAUGCGGUGCUAUUUCAAUAGCUGCAGCUGUCCCCGUACUUGGUGUGAUCGCUGAUAUCUCGGAAAGCUACAACAAUACAUUUCUUGUACUUGGAGCUUCAUUCGUCACUUCCGGCUUUCUUAUGACGAUUGACAUAAUUAAGAGAAGUUGGGAAAGAAGGCUUUUCUCUCGGGCAAAGAAAACCCAUCAAACUGAAGAGGAGCUGAAAAUGAUGCAAUGAGAUGUGGAAAAAGUAGUGUGGUUUCAAUGUGAUGACCAGAUAGGAACUCCUACUUUUACCAAUGCUAUAUGUUUCGUGAAUGACUACAUUAACGCCCUCGACCCAGUUGCACAAAAAUUAGCUUAACAGAUAAUUAGCUUCCAAUUUAUGGCAAGUCAAUAUAAAGAUUUAAAGAACUUUUUGUGUAACUGGUUCCAGGAGCCAUGGCGACAGCCGGGUACACAAAUGUUGUUUUUCAUAUUGUGGUAGAUGGUGCAAAAUGAUAAUGUAGAAACCGAGGCUGUGUACAUCUUGUUUGCAUUUCAAGGUUGUUUUUUUUUAGAAGUACUGUAUUGUUUGACAACAGCUGUAAAAUUUCUAGUAUGUUUUUAAGGUCUCCAAUUUGGGUUUCCUUGGGGAAUAAUUAUGGCUUUUGCUCCUUUUCAUUUACUUUUUCUCAAGUUCCCUUUCCUUACAAGCUACCUACUCAGCUACUAGUAACUCUAAAUAAGCUAUCUCCUAAGUUUAAAACAAACAUUUAAUUCAACCACAACUUGCUACUUCAACAUUCACUGGGGUCAAUGAGAUAUCGGUAACUGCAGUUACGGACAUCCAAAGAUGGAUGACGCUAAUUCAGCAUAGAAUUAUUAUCGUUGAUUUUGUAAUCAUAGAGGAUUAUUUUUCCUUGCUUUAUGUUUUCAUUGAUGUGUCAUCAGAUAUGGAAAUAAAAUACACAGCAGCAUAUUCAUACAUUGAUCCCUAAAUGAAGAAAUCCACCGUACAAAAAUGUGGGGUGAUGAGGGUAACUGUAAAAGACGAUGUUCGUAACUGAUAAGAAAACCUAGAUAAAUUAUGUCCGUAGCUGUUGACUUAUAUUAUAUCUACACAGGUGUCUUUUACUACUUUCAUCUGUAACACAAUGAUUAGAUAUUAAAAACUUUUGGCAUUCCCCUAUGAUAAAUAAAUGUGAAUUCAAAUUUUCUACAUACGAAGACCCCCCUCCCACUCUCCAUUUUGGUAACGAUUUAUUGAGACUAGAAUUAAUCAAGCUGUUCGUGACCAUUUCAUAUAUGUUACGCAUGCAGUUAUAUAUUUCUAAAGACGAAAUUAUUAACAAAAAUAUUAAUUAACUCUAAACUAAAACAGCAAGAAUACUAAAAAUAUAACAUCGAUCUAAUAUUUAUUUUUUUUUUCUGUGUAACACAUGUAUUACCAAUUAUUAACUUUCUAAAAUGAAAAAUCCUUGUAAUCAGAAAAAACCCUCCCCCGAAAUUUUGCAAAUAUAUCAUCAGUAUAACUAUACAUGUUAAUGAAGAUGGACAUGAGAUUUUAUUAUCCAAGUAGACUAUUUUGGAACGUUGACUGGAAAUAUCCCCCUCUUGAAAAAAAAUCUAGAUCUGCCCAUCUCAGGGUUUCACUGACCUAAACUAUUGACUUGGGUAGAAUGGAACAAUUUAGGUAAUAUUCCCUUUUUGUUUCUGAUGAUUUACCUAGUUUUAGUUUAUUCGUUUUCCAGAUCCCCCGGUCCGAACCAGUACUCGGUACAAUGAUGAGAAUACUGCUAAAUGUUAUGGAAGUUUGAUGUGUCUGCAUUGACCACAAAGUGCACACCUUUCCUUGGUCAAGUACAAAGGCACAGACAUGCCGCGUGUAAAUGGAUUGUAUAUGUAACGGAAGUACUGCUGUCAGACUUUCGUUCAAUAAACUAUUUUACUCACGGUACAUAUAAAACAAGAAUUAGAAGCAUCAAUGCAAUCAGUAUGCUUAAAUGUUGAAUGACAUUCGGUUUUAUGCGUAAAAGAAUUCUGGUAGCAUACACCCCGAGCACAACAUGUAGCAUACAUCCCGUGCACAACAUUAAUUUUUUUGUCGAUAUCUUUGAAUACGAUUGGUUUUAUACACUGACAGUACAUGCAUAAACUUACACAGAUAACACGUAUUGGCCUAUAUUUUUCAUAAUGCUAUGCGAGUUAUUUCCCCCUUAUUACAGAGUGCGGUCCUCAGUUGACGAAUAAGAAAUUUUUUUACAAUUUUUGAUUGCAAUCAAUUGCCAGCUAAGGAAUUGUUUUUAAGAAUUAAGUAUAAUAACUUAAAAAUAGUGUAACUGAACAAAAUAUCUUAGUCAUUGAUUAUAUUUCUCUGUGUCCCUUGUGUGGUUCUCUCGCAAGCAAUGUAUGAUCAUGAUGUAACAAAGUAUGUAAAUAUUACCUAGUCAUCGAUUUCUUUAGGUCCUUAGUUUAACAGCAAUUCCUCAUUAUUAAUUUUUAUCAAUAUUUUCGACAACCAAAACAUAAAAACAUGCAAUACGAUAUGCCUAAAAACACAUGUAAAACCAACGCAUACAUGUACAUUAUCAAUUUAUCGUUUCACACUUAACAAAACUACUUGUUGCU